UCCGGUCAGGCGAGAAAGUUACUUUCGUGUGUCGGGGUUGGUGAGGCGAGGAAGUCAAAACUGGGGGGGGAAAAAGAAAGCUACUUUUCAAAAUCAGAAAACUAGACUCUUGUUAUUAUUUUUGUGCGUGUGUGGAAUUAACCGUUAUCUGAGCGAGAGUUGGGGCCGAAAUGGAUGUGUUAGUAUGUCAGAGGCCUGCACUGCGAUGCCACUUACUGAGCAGUCCUCAGGGGAGAGAAAUGUGGCCCGACUCUGAUGUGUGUUUGAUGGCUUCUCUGAUGUCCUACUUUGGAGGUGGGAGAUUAUCCAGCCCUCCUACUGACUCAGGGUUGAGAGGGAACACAUGGCUGGUGUUAGGAUGAAUGUAUGGGAGCUGGGUACAGCCCACUAUGCCCCAAGGCACCCCGUACAUGGAGAUAAUCGAGCAGCCCAAGGCAAGAGGAAUGCGCUUCCGCUAUAAAUGUGAGGGCAGGUCAGCAGGUAGCAUCCCGGGAGAGAAGAGCAACGAUUCCACCAAAACGCAUCCUGCUAUCAAGGUCCAUAACUACAGUGGUCCCAUAAGAGUGCGGAUCUCUUUGGUUACCAAAAACCAACCCUACAAGCCCCACCCCCAUGAGCUGGUUGGUAAAGACUGUAAGCACGGCUACUAUGAGGCUGACCUUCCCGAGAGACGAGUUCACAGUUUUCAGAAUCUUGGUAUUCAGUGUGUGAAAAAGAAAGAUGUGACUGAAGCCGUUUCCUGCCGUCUGCAGACACAGAACAACCCUUUCAAUAUUGCCGAGGCCAAAGUGUGGGAGGAAGAGUAUGACCUGAAUGCGGUCCGCCUGUGUUUCCAGGCAACCAUCACUCUGCCUAGUGGGGACCUCUAUGUUUUGGAGCCUAUAGUUUCUCAGCCUAUCUAUGACAAUAGAGCCCCUAAUACAGCUGAGUUAAAGAUCUGUCGCGUGAACAGGAACUCUGGUAGCUGUAGAGGAGGAGAUGAAAUCUUUCUACUCUGUGACAAAGUGCAGAAAGAGGACAUUGAGGUGCGCUUUUUCCGAGACUCUUGGGAGGGCAAGGGCUCAUUCUCACAGGCAGAUGUCCACAGACAGGUGGCCAUCGUGUUCCGCACGCCAGCCUACUGCGACACCAACCUGACCGAACCCGUCCGUGUGAGAAUGCAGCUGCGCCGGCCGUCGGACCGGGAAGUCAGCGAGCCCGUGGACUUCCAGUACUUGCCCUCUGACCCAGAUGAGUACAGGCUGAUGGAGAAACGGAAGCGGACAGAGGGCAUGCUGCAGAACCUUAAACUGAGCAACGUCAUAUCAACUCCCAUGUCUAUUGAGAGAAGGACAAUCAGCACUGCCAGAAGGACAAUCCCAGGUCCAAAGUCCUCCACUUCUGCAGGUGCUACGCCAGUGUUGAAUCCUGUGUCAUCCGUUUCUUCAUUGAAGACUCAGCCCUUUUUCAGUACCACUCCUUCAGGACAUCUGUUCACUCAGCCUAAAGUGGAACCGCUGGCAGCAGUGCCCUCUGCUGGAGACACAUGGCCGUUCCUCAACAGUGUGACGGUGCAGCCUGCAGUCACCGCCACUGCUGCUCCGCUUCCCGCUUCCCAAGACUUCCACACUGUAAAUCUGUCCGAUCUCCGCGACUUUGCCUUCAACACGUCCUUCACGUCUUCUGCUCCGGAGAAGACUGACGUGGGCCCCCGAAGAGAUGGCACUGGGACUGCCGUAGCCCAAGAUGUCCAAAACAAUUUUAGUGCCCCAAGCAUGGGGAAUUUCCGAGUGGAUCCCUCGGUGGAUGAAGAGCUUCCGGAGUUCCCGAGCUUUUCCGACGCUCAGACUUCGGACGUGGAGAAUAUUGACAUCGAAGCUUUCCAGGUGCUUCUGGGCCAGAGCGGACUUCCCGGAGAGGCUGCAUCUGGGAACUCCACUUCCGUGUGCCAUACCAUCGCCACGGCCAGCACUUCCGACACCGCGGGCAGCGGCACAGAGUCGGCAGUCAGUAACGCAGGGAACAGCACAGCAACCUGGAUGAAUUUCCCUCCGAGCAUCGCCAACCUGCUGCAGAGUGACCAGAUUGUGGACAGCCCUGUGACCAUGCCCUCCAUCAGUGUCACCUUUGACGACAUGGACGUGCUGAGCUCUAUGGAUGAAGAUCGUCUCAUGUCCAUCUUCAACAGUGGCACCCAAGUCAGCUUCCUGUCUGGGCAUCCUACUUAGGGGUCUUGGGUGGGACUCAUGGGUUCCACGUCAUCGACACUUCUGACUUCUCGAUACAUGCUAUCUUUUAUGUCGAGACUGCCGAUCCCACUUAAGACGAACAGAGAAAACUCUGAGGACAGGAAAGGGAAAAAGGAUAGAUUGGAAGAAAGAGGUCAGCUGGUCUUUUAAGGGUAACAUUAGUUCCCUGCGCCUGACUGCAGACUGACCCCAGCAGGAAAUGCCUGCAUGAGUUCAGACACCCGCUCAGUACCUAGUGGGGACCUGAUGGAAUAGUUUUUUGAAGAUUUAGCUCCACAAGAUGCUUGUCACCUGAAAUUCCCUUUAUCAUCUGUCUUUUUAAAUGUGUUUUUCCUGAAAUAAUCAGCUAAAGAUUCCUUUCUAAGGGAUUCAAAUUAUCUUUUUGUUUUCCAAAGUAUGUGUUUUGGUAAUAUUUGUGAUGUACUGUCUUUGAUGCUGAUACAGUCUUUGUUACCGGUGUUGAGAGCUUGAUGGUGUUUAGAUGAUUGCUAAGAGCAGAGCAAAGUUUAAGGAACAUUAGCUCCUGGGAAUAGAAUCCUCUGAAACUGGGACAGUAACAUGGUGCACCAUCUCGAUAGGCAGCAAGAAAUAAUUCUUCCUAAUUCAGAUGUAAACCCAAAUUAUGUUUCGUAUUUGACCUUGGUAUACAUUAAAAGUCCACUAAGUUAAACUAGACAAUAUUCUGUAAAGUUUUUAUAAAAUGUAUAAUAAUUUAUAAAAAUAUUACUUUAACAUAGAAGGUUUGGAACAUGCUUCAGUAAAUAACCAGAAGUAUGUUGUUUAAAUACUGUGUUCACAUAAGGUUGAACAAAGGUUUUUUUGCUUGUUUGUUUGUUUGCAAGAAUGUAAUGUUUUCAAAGGUGUGCGAAAACAAAUCUUUAUGAAAACAUAUUUGAGCUACUUUGAUGAUAUGUGGCUCUUGAUAGAAUACGUGCCCAUUAUGUGGCUCUGCACCUGAAAUGUACCUCCCUUCCACGGCUGGCUCCGUUCUCCAUGUGUCUUAGCAGCAGAAAUAGCAAAAGUUAAGCAUCUGACAAGUUCUCAGAGGAUAAAGACUUGUGCUGCUAGUUCAUAAAUCCUAUUGCGAUUGUCUCACACAUGCAUGUAGAUCAUGCAUGUGAUGUUACUGAUUUAAAAAAAAAAAAAAAAAAAGUGCAUACAAGGCAUGUCUGGUAGAGAGCUGUUCACACUAAUGGGCAAUUUGAGUCACGUCCAACCACAAAAACUGUCAAAGUAAAAA